AUGACAAGCACCCCUCAACUAGGAGAGCUUGCAGCUUCCAUCAGCACCGCGACCAGAACAAUCGAGGAGCAUCUUAAGCAACGGGACCUGCCGUCUCCGUCCUUCGAGGCUAACGGGGGAAUCACUCUUCCCCGCGAGCUGCAGCAGGCAAAGGAAUCAAUCCUAGAUUCGGCCUCUGAGCUGCGAUACCUGCUCACAGACCCCGUGAGCGCCUUCUUCGAGGGAGCACCGGUGGGCUUCAUGAGUAUAAUAAUGAUUCAUCGCUUCAGCAUCGCGAAUCUAAUCAAGCCGGACAUGGAGAUGAGCUUUUGCUCGAUCGCAGAGCAGACUGGCCUUCAAGAGGGGUUGGUCAAACAUGUGCUUCGCCAUGCAAUGACCUUGCGGGUGUUCCGCGAAUCCCGACGGGGAUUUGUGGCCCACACCCCUCGGUCGGUAGUGAUGAGAGAUGGCGAUAUAGCACGCUGGAUGGCGUUCUCUAUCGACGAACUGACAGGGGCUAUUCUUUGUGCGCCCUAUGCGAUGCAGAAAUGGCCACGAUCGGAUGAGCCCAACCAGACGGGUUUUUCCCUCGCGGAGAACACGGAUCGAGCGAUUUAUGAAGUCCUAGACGCAGAUCCUGCGCGCGGUGCCCGGAUGGCUAAUGCAAUGAACGUGUGGGCUUCAAGCGAGAGUUAUUCGGUCUCGAAAGUAGUUGAUUCAUAUGACUGGAGUCGUCUAGGGUCGGGCACGGUUGUGGAUAUUGGCGGCUCACGAGGACAGGUUGCGGUGGCAGUGGCCUCGAGGUUUUCAGCGUUGAGGUUCGUGGUGCAGGACCUCGAAAGCACCAUAGCUGGAGCCGAGGUAGACUUGCCACCCCAAGUCGCCGACCGCGUGAGCUUUAUGGCUCACGACUUUUUCGAAGCGCAGUCAGUUCUUGCUUCUGCAUACUUCCUGCGAUGGGUCCUGCACAACUGGUCGGACAAGUACUGUAUCAAAAUUCUCCGUGCACUGAUCCCUGCGCUGCGACCGGGGGCACGGGUCAUUGUCAAUGAGAUCUGCAUGCCUGAGCCCGGAGAGGUUCCUGUGUGCAGAGAAAGGUUGGCACGGACGAUGGGCUUGGGCAUGAUAGGCCUGUUCAACGCCUAUGAGCGAGAUAUAGAAGACUGGACCCGGCUCUUUGAGCAAGCGGACCCGAGAUUUCAAUUGCUCGGUUGUCGGCACCUGGACGGUGCGGAAAUGGCUUUGAUCGAAUUUGAGUGGACCGGAUGA